AUGACUCUAAUGCAUCACUGCGCUACUAUCUCCUUACACUCGUCGUAUGAGGCAGAAGAGGAGCAAGUCGUGACCACUGCCACCGCGCCGAUCGCCCCCGACAAUAUCACAUCGCAGCCGGACGCUACUUCCACGGACGAUUCGGCAACAGAGAGCCUUGCCAAUGCCCUUGUGAAUGUCGAUACUACAUCGGAGCCUAAGGGUGAUAGUAGUACCGCAGCUCUUGCUCUAGGUCUUGUACCGACCACUACAUUACCGACGUAUGGUCCGCCUGGAUCCGAUUCGGAGUUUCGAAUCCAAGGAUAG